CAGAAAGAUGUUCAUGUUACGAGUACGUAGAAUCAUUCAGCCAAACUACCGAAAUAACAGCGUGUACUGGUAACAUGUUAUCCCGGUACUAGGUUGCCACUGAAUAACGAUGUUACUGACACUAAUACGUAAUGUACCGCCCAUCUCUAAUCUAUAUGGCAGUAUAUUUUUUAUGUUUAUAACAGAAUAGAAACAGAAACCUAACCUAACCACACAUUUCAGCAGAUGGUUAUGUGAAAUUGUAGGUUGUAAUAGAGAAAUGAAUAAAAUUAAUUGUACUGAGAACCAGCCUUCAACUAAUGGAGACAGCACAGGUUGCAAUAAAAUGGAAUAUUGCCCUGAAUGCCUCAGAAAAAAUAAACGAUCACCAGUGCAAAGAUACCAGCUGACCAAUGACAUUUAUUUAAUAUUUUGCACUGAUGAAAAUGAAUGUACAUAUCAUGAAGAAUUCCGAGGUAAAGCUUUAGUCAAUAAAGUUGAUGUCACCAGUUAUGGAUUUCCAGAAGAGCUGUGGCUUCAUGUAGAUAUAUACCCAGGUGAUUUGCCUAAAAUCGUAUACCUUUGCCUCCAUGAAUAUGUAAUCAACAAAUACUUCUCGAACACAAGUUGGAACCGUAGCACUGAAGAGCUGAAAAACAUGAUUCGUGUCCUGUCGUCCAUGCACAGUGAUGAAAGUGUCCACAACUGGACAACCCUCAGCUUGGAGACACCAUUGGUGAUGCUCAGGGAAAAAGUAGAAGAGCUCGUUUCAGAUUUGACUCCACAGUACAGAGAAGAAAUAAAGAAUGGGUUUGCUAAAAUUAAUAAUUACACUUUCCCAGAUGACUUUAUAAAGAUAAUACAAGAUAAAGACAGUAUUUUAUACAAAAGUGUGAAAAGUUUCAAAAAGAGGAUGAAAAAAGAACAGAGGUGUAAAUUAGAAGAUCCUGAAGACCUCUUGCUGUAAGACGAGUUAUGGAACUAAUGUUUUAUAUAGCUGAUAAUCCAUUUUUACAAGACCUGUUUUUCGUUAUAUUUUAGUAAUUAUUUAUUUUUAACUAGCUUUUAAGUUGAUUUGAAAUUGUAAAAAUAUAUUUCUCAAAAACUU